AAAUAUCGUCUGCUUCACUGAAUAAACGAAUAGAAAUAAGAAACACGUGUGUAAGCAGCAUUAUACGAAUCAAUUUAAAUGUCUAAUAACGAUUCGAAGCAGCAAAAUCUGAAUAGGCUGAAGUACGAGGGAUGUAAUUUUUUUCGACAACGACUAGUGCUGGCUACCCUAUCGUGCAGACCUGUUUCAAUUGUAAACAUUCGAUCAAAGGAAAAUGAUCCUGGCCUUAGAGAAUUUGAAGCGAGUUUCAUCCGACUUCUUGACAAAAUUACAAAUGGGUCAAAGAUUGAAGUUAAUGAGACAGGCACAGCUGUCCAUUAUGAGCCAGGUCUCUUGUAUGGUGGAACAAUUGAACAUGAUUGUUGCACUCUGCGAUCCAUCAGUUAUUAUUUAGAGCCACUGUUACCUCUUGGUCCCUUCUGCAAAAUACCUUUAAAUCUAACUCUUAGAGGGGUAACAAAUGAUCAGACUGAUCCAUCAAUUGACAUUAUUAGAUGCUCUUCCAUGCCUGUAUUGAAAAGAUUUCUUCUAGUUGAUGAUGGUUUACUGUUAAAGAUUUCAAAACGGGGGGCACCACCUAAAGGGGGUGGAGAAGUAAUUUUUACUUGUCCUUUAAGGAAGCAGUUGCGAGCACUACAGUAUGUAGAUCCUGGAAAAAUAAAAAAAAUUAGGGGUGUUUCGUACGCUCUACGCACUUCUCCCACAAUGACAAAUCGCAUGAUUGAAGCUGCAAAAGGUGUACUUUUAAAAUACAUUCCGGACGUCUUCAUAUUAACCGAUCAUAGAAAAGGACCCGCUAGCGGUUUAUCACCUGGUUUUGGCAUUACACUGACCGCAGAGACAAUAAAUGGUACAUUUUUGUCGGCUGAAGCAACGUCCAAUCCCCAAGGCGACAAGCAGGUUCCAUCGGUAGCCGAAGAACUAGGUGAGCGAGCUGCUAUUCUGCUUCUAGAAGAAAUUUAUCGGGGAGGAUGUGUAGAUUCUUCAAACCAACACUUAGUUCUGUUGCUAAUGGCCCUCGGACCUAAAGAUGUAUCUAGAGUUCUACUGGGGCCGCUGUCGCCUUACACGAUUCAAUUUCUAAGGCACAUGAGAGAUUUUUUUGGAACAGUUUUUAAAAUGGAGACAGAUGCAAGGCAUGAAGAAGAUGAUUUGAGGAUUGGAACUGAAAAAGUAUUGAUGACAUGUGUGGGCACUGCAAAGGAAAGACGCAGCUUGACACCAUCUCUUAGCUUUUCCCCACAACAUUCUCUUACUUUUGGAAGCAACAACAGCUCAUACCCAUCCAGUGAUUCUUUUCUGAAACCAAGACAGUCAGAUUUUUCAAGAGCAUUUGUUCCUUCAUCUAAUCCUGUCAUAAACAGAUUUGUUGAGGAGCAGGAACCGUAUGAUACAGGAUCAGACUCCGAGAACGAUAGUAUGCCUGCUAGAAAGACACCUAAAAAAAGCUGGUUCCCGUCAUGGUUUGGUAAAAAAACUGACAAAAAUUCGACUAUUCCUGUGAAGACAUCUGCAUUCUAUGCCAAUAUGAAAGGGAAACUAAAUAUUGUCAGGCAGUGGCAGUUCGUCGUUGUAUUUUUACCAUUACUUGCGGCCUUGUUCUUUCUACUCUUAGCCGCAGUUUAUAUCAAGGCAGCUUAUAACGAAACAACACCUACCCAGGGGGACACUGCAAUGGAUCAAGCAAUCCAGAACGUUAAAAAUCUAAUUGAACAAGAGACUAUCACACAUCUUUGUGGCGGUGGCGAUGCUAUGGCGGUGGAUUCUUCUUUUUUAAUGGAACAGCUGCAUAUGAAUCAGACGAUGAUCAACGAAGUUCUAGAGGCUGUCACAGCUAAUCGUCAUUGGGAUAUUCAUGUAGCCGGAGAGUCGUGGAGUACUCCGAGCGUCCGACUUCCUAUUUGGUGCUCGAUAAAAACGUACCUAUGGAAUAUCUCAGUUACUGUUUUCUUCAUAAUAUGUGGCUUUGGGGUGGUUUUAUUGAUUCACCAAUUGGUUACUGCCAAUUGCCGACAACGUGAGAAAGAAGAGCAGGAUGUCUACUCUAUGGUGGAAAUGAUCAUAGAUCUGUUGGCUCGCCAUCAGGCAAGCAUGGUAGUCGAACGACGACCGCAUGACGCUUUUCUAGCAGUUACACACGUCCGAGAUCUCCUCAUUCCACUAAAGGAGCGAAAAUCAAAGAUAAAAUUGUGGAAUAAGGCAGUACAGUUUCUUGAGGACAAUGAGUCACGAGUCCGACCAGAAAUCCAGCAAAUUGAAGGCGAAGACUUUCAUCAAACUGAUGAUGCUUCGGCGGGCAGCAGUUUUGGCCCUACGAAUAGCGUAGCACCUCGGCCAAAAGUGUGGCAAGGUCAAGCUUUCAGCACCGAUAGUACUGGAGUAAACUCGCCUCCUCCUUACCCGCUAACCCAGUGCCUCAAAGUACGCAACAUGUUCGACGCUGAAGUAGAGGUUGGCGAUUCUUGGCCGGUGCGUAUUCAAGACGCAAUCCUGGAAAAAGCAGAUAAGGGUAAAAUUAUGCAUAUGGCCGUCGAUCGUGGUUCGCGAGAAGGCUGCGUCUAUAUUAAGUGCGCAAGUGCUGACGAUGCCGGGAAAGUUUAUCACUCGCUUCAUGGGUGGUGGUUUGACGGCAAUUUGGUGACUGUUAAGUACCUAAGACCCGAACGAUACCAGUAUCGCUUCCCAGAUUCAGCCAAAGCUACGUUCCCGCUGCAACCAUCAAAUGACAAGCGAUUAUCUCUGCAGACCAAGUUCUGGAAAUCUCCCCUCGAGCAUUUUUAA